UGGUUGAUGGCUUGUUUGACAUGUUAAGUUGCUGGGACGUCGCUCGAAACUCCUCGAUGAUACCCAUUGUUCCUGGUGAUCCAGGCCUUGACAGCACUGGCUACUGAGAAGGGGAGAGGCAGAACAGAGAUAUGGACGAAUGUGAGGAAGAAUGGGCCUCCGCAGUACGGGAGACCAAGGAAGACAUUGAACGAGUAGCCAAGAAACAGGGGCUGAAGAAAACUGGCUUGGUCUCGAAAGUGCGCAGGCGGAUUAAAAUGCUACAAACACAGGUCCGACAGCUGGAGAGGGUGGUUCAAGAAGCUGAGAGUGAACAGGACGUGGAGUCACUGGAGAAGCGGCUGAAGGAUUGCAAAGGUCAGCUAGCAAGCUAUCACAUGUCCGUCUCAGCGAACGGACAUGCGGGGGAGGCGAAGGUCAAUCCAGUGGGAAGGAUGGGAUGGACAGCACAGCGGAAGACUCAAUCAAAUGAUCCUGCCCCUAUGGAAUCCACGCUUAGAAGGUCGUCCAGAACGCCUAAGCCGAAGAAAUCUAUUUAUGAGCCGGAAUUGUUUCCUCAUUAUGUUGAUAAGGUCUAUGCUUCAGAUCUGCAAGUUCACCACUCGGACACAUCCCAGGAAGACCAGGAUGUACGCAAAUUUUCUGCAUUGCAUAAAGACCGGGUUGGGGAAAAGGAUAGGGGCCGCCGCCGUAGGGAGUCUAAGCGAGACAGAAAAGCAAGGAUGCGAAAGAUGAAGUUAAACAAUACGAAAAGAGAAAAUAACAGCUCUUCUCAGCAGGGAGACGAGGAACUUGGAGAGGAGGAUGUGGAUGUGGUUGCUCCUCGAAGGGUUGGCCUUCGGCCAAGAGCUGCAAACGGUGCAGUCACAAGGAAUGAGAUGCAGAUGAGGGAGUCGGAGGAUGGUGAUUCAAAGAAUGUGAAUGGUAAGGACGGUGAAGGACAUGCGUCUCAACAAGGAAAUGGUGUUGUGAAAACGAAAUUGGCGGGUAGAUUAUUAAUUGAGGAUGAUGAUCCCGACCCGUCUUCGGAGGAUGAGGAUGAGGAUGAGGAAGGAGCUGAGGAUGAGGUGGAAGAGGAGGAGGAGGAGGAGGAAGAAGAAGGCGAGGAGGGAGAGGAAGGGGAGGAGGGUGAGGAGGGAGAAGAGGGGGAGGAUGGGGAGGAUGGGGAGGAUGGGGAGGAGGAAGAGGAGGAAGAAGAGGAAGAGGAGGAUGAGACAGAAGAGCAGGAACGGGGACGGCGUUAUGCUUUGAGGAACCGGACAGAGGUACAGAGGUUCUCUCCAAGAAGGGAAGAAAAGCCAGCCCGGCCUCGCUCACCAAUCAAGAGGGAGAGGACGCUCUCUGCAGGACGCCCAAGGAAAAGAAGAAGAGAAGUGCCUCGUCAAGGUUCACGGAAACGUCAGCGGCCAUUACGGACAGAAGACUCAGAUGAUUCACUGCUUUUGGAUGAGGUCGAUCAGAAUCGGGGAUGGAACAGAGGUGGGGGCUUGCUCGAUGCUCCAUGGCUGCCAUCUGGAUUUGAUAUGAACAACCCUGCAACCUGGGGAGUUGGUGCGGCAGGGAGUGGAUGGGGAUCUUUCACAGGAGGCGGCAUGGGAGUUGGUGCUCCAGGAGGGGGGGGUCAGGCAUUUGGGGGGCCGAUGCAUAAAGUAGGAGCUGACAUCCAACCUGUUGCAGUUGACACUUCCGUGACUUUCGAUGCUGUGGGUGGGCUGGCAGAAUACAUCGAUUCGCUGAAAGAGAUGGUUUUCUUCCCUCUACUCUAUCCGGAGUUUUUUGUUAAGUACAACAUAACGCCUCCAAGGGGUGUCCUCUUGUGUGGACCACCUGGAACGGGAAAGACCCUGGUUGCUAGGGCACUGGCAAGUGCUGCAUCAAGAGCUGGACAAAGAGUUACUUUUUUCAUGCGGAAGGGGGCAGAUGUACUGAGUAAAUGGGUUGGGGAGGCAGAGAGGCAGCUUAAACUCCUGUUUGAGGAAGCACAAAGAUGCCAACCAUCAAUUAUCUUUUUUGAUGAGAUUGAUGGCCUUGCACCUGUGCGGUCGAGCAAACAAGAACAGAUUCACAACUCGAUUGUGUCGACGCUUCUGGCCCUUAUGGACGGUUUGGAUCCACGAGGUCAGGUUGUUGUGAUUGGGGCAACGAACAGGGUAGAUGCAAUUGAUUCAGCUUUGCGGAGACCUGGCAGGUUCGACCGUGAGUUUGUCUUUCCUCUUCCAAAUGCCGCCGCUCGGGCAGAGAUCAUCAGCAUUCACACCAGGAAGUGGGCAAAUCCUCCCUCAGUGGAAGAGAGGGAGGAGCUCGCAGCCUCUUGUAUUGGUUACUGCGGUGCUGACGUGAGAGCUCUUUGCACUGAGGCAGCAAUUUGUGCAUUUAGAAAGAAGUAUCCGCAGGUAUAUCGCAGCAAUGAGCAGUAUAUCAUCAACGUCGAUGAGAUUGUGGUGCAGAAGCGACACUUUUUGGAAGCUAUGAAGGCUAUUACACCAGCAGCACACAGGUCGGCAACGGUUCAUUCUCAGGCAUUGCCAAAGGCUCUGAUUCCAUGUCUUGGACCGCAUUUAGAUGCUCUGGUGAAGAGUUUGACUGAGAUAUUUCCCCCGUUGAAUGAAGAGCAGCGAUCAGGAAGGUCCUCACGAGAUGAUCACGAGGAUGUAGACGAUGAGGAUGAUCAGGAAGAUCCAGGACGGCUUGCAAAGCUUUUUGGUAUUGGUGGACAUGAUAUCAGAAGUUUGUUUGUACGGAAACCACGCCUUCUCAUUUGCGGACAGCCAGGAGCUGGUCAGGAUUAUUUGGGUCCAGCGAUGCUGCACAAGUUGGAGCAGUUUCCAGUGCAUUCAUUGGGGCUGCCAUCCUUGCUAGCAGAUGCAAGUGCGAAAAUGCCAGAAGAGGCGCUGGUUCGAAUAUUUGUAGAGGCUCGACGAAGCUCACCAUCUGUGUUAUAUCUGCCACACUUCCAGCUCUGGUGGCACACUGCUCAUGAGCAAUUGCGUGCAACUCUGGUGAUGCUGUUGGCGGACCUCCCCCCAACGUUGCCGGUUCUUCUCCUUGGAACAGCGGAUUACACUGGGCUGGAGCCGGAGGCAAAGCGGAUCUUUGGCCGCAGCAUAUACAGAGUUGGCUCACCAACUGAUCAACAAAGGGAGGAGUUUUUUGAUCCAGUGUUUAGGGCGGCAGCGAAGCAUGUGGCAAGCAAGACGGAGAUUCAGAAGCAGAAGGUCGCCCUUCCGGACCUUCCCAAGGCUCCGAGAGUUGAUAAUAGGUCGAUGGAGGAAUUGAAAGCCAGGGCAGAGGCAGAAGAGCAUGGGCUUCGGCGGCUUCGGAUGUGCCUACGGGACGUGUGCAACAGGCUUCUGUACGAGAAAAAGUUUAGUAUGUUUCACUUUCCGGUACAGGAUGAAGAUGCGCCAAAUUACAGGAAGACUGUACAAAAUCCAAUGGAUGUUGCAACGCUUCUUCAGAAGGUGGAUGGCCGUCAGUAUAUGACCCGCGAUGCCUUCCUGAAGGACGUGGACUUGAUCCCGGCAAACGCGAGGGCAUACAAUGGAGAUGACUAUCAUGGUAAUCGAAUUGUGAGCAAGGCACACGCUCUCAGAGACGCGGUUCAUGGCAUGAUCUCACAGAUGGACCCUGGGCUGGUCGCAUUCUGUGACAGAAUCGCUGCGCAGGGUGGCCCGGUGCGGUUCCCUUGCCCAGCAGAAACCAAACCACAUGGCAAUGGCAGCGGUGCAGGGAAGGGGCAGUCGGCUGGGAGCUCUGGUGGGAAUGCAGCACCUAGUCCAGCGCUGCGAACGAGUGCUCGCCUGAGGGGUGUUCCACCAAACUUGGCCGUCCAAGAGGCCUCUGAAGCACUCACAAGGAUCCGAAAGCGGAACGGGGAGGCACCAGGUUCGUCAACUGCAUGCACAGCAUCACAGGAGCUGGUUUCUAUGGCAGGAGGGAAGAAACGAGCUGUUGUCGAAGAGGCCAAAGAAGUAUUUGACCUGCGAACAGACCCACCUGAGGUGGGGCAGUCGGAGCCUGCUCAACCAUCAUGUUCUGUGAAAGCAUCAGAGAGAGAAGACUCUCCAGGAGGCGUUCAUGCAGGGAGAGCAGGUGGUAGAGGUGGAGAGCGGCAUGGAUCAGGAGAUGGCGUUGCGGGAGGAGGUGGCCAUGGCGCUGAUGGGAAAGUAUAUAGCAGAUAUGGUGGAGCAGAAGCAAAGGAAGGACGAGGAGAUGGUACGUCUCAUUUGGCUUUCAGUCGACGCGAUGGAUGGACUGAUGAAGGCGGCAUUGCAGCUGCUCCUGAUCAGAGAGAGAGGGGACAUGGGGCGGAAUGUAGGAGGGAUGGGUCGUUAGAAGGAACGGGGAUGAUGGAACCCAUGCAUGAGGAUUCCUCAGCCAUUCAUUCAAGGCUCCAAGAGAUGAAGAAGUCGCUCGUGGAAAAGACUGAGGGUCUUGUUCUCGAAGUUUUGGAGCACAUCCGUGAUGAGCUCUGCCGCUUGAUUUACCAACAUCGCCACAACCCGAACCGUCAACCUCUCCUUGAUGCUAUGGAAAACCUCGUAGACGACUCUCCGACGAUUGAUUCUGAUGAUGAAGGAGAUGAGAUGUCACUGUAGCUUUUCAGUUCUAUUCAUGUAGUGUCUUAUGUUUGGUAUGGAGUUUAUUACGGACUCGUACCUUACCUGGUUUAGCUCUUUCAUCCGGCGUCACCUUACCUUUUCUUAUGCAGCCAAAGAGAGAGAGAGAGAGAGAGAGAGAGAGAGAGAGAGAGAGAGAGAGAGAGAGAGAGAGAGAGAGAGAGAGAGAGAGAGAGAGAGAGAGUAGUGCAUGUGGAGGUAGUGCUGUAGGUGGCAAUUGGACAGAGUGUUUGCAGGAAUUUGUGCAGGGGAGGGAGUCUCUGUUUGGCAGAGGAGAAUUCAAAGCAUUGAUUUAAGAGCUUGUUUUGUUUCUAUACCUCCUGUGGAUGGGACGGAGCAUCACGAAGAGCCUGUUUUGUUGUUCAACAGGGGGUGCACUUGUUUGACUUGUUACUUUCCAUGCAGGCUCUCCCGAUUCUGAAGCGGGGAAAGUUUGCCUUGAUGAUGUAUUUUCACUUGGUCAUUGUAUUGCUUGGCAAUUCAAUUUCGCAUCUUCUUAUUUCUUUCGAAAACGGCCUAGGAAAGAACAUUAGCGUCUUACCUCCAGUCGCUGUGUAUGUCGACCGUUCAUUAUCAUCAUGGUGAGUUGACUCCAUCCCAACGGUGCAUAUGGAUGUUUCUACUACUCGUUUAUCAGCCGUUCUUUCUAUGAUUGUUCGUAAGUCACCACAAAAAAGGUGGAGGAAUGGAGAUUUCUCCCACUCCUUCGGCAUUGCAGGUGUGUCUCUUUCUAAUUUGCCAACGAGCUAGCACACAGAAGUGGAGAAAUCUCUCUCUUGACCCUGUGAAUGGCCGUUGAUCGAUUUCUUGCAAGAUGAUGCCCACCUAUUCUGUCGAUAUGAAGGAAAUAAAGAAGAGCCAGCGCA